AUCCUGCAAGCUCCCCCCAUCCUUCCUCGCCACCUGCCUUCUCAUGAUUUUCUAUAAAGACUAAAGACAACCCUUCGCCAUCAACCCUCUUCGUAAACAUCCCAAACCCUUCUUUUCUCAUUCACUCAUCUUCAAAAUUCUCUCUCUUCUUUUUUUUCUUUCUUGAAGAAUGGGCCGUCUCUGGACUUUGGCCACUCAUCUUCACUCACUAGCUGGGCCUGUGACAAUGUUGCUGUACCCCUUAUAUGCAUCAGUAAUGGCAAUAGAGAGCACAACAAAAGUGGAUGAUGAGCAGUGGCUGGCCUACUGGAUCUUAUACUCAUUUCUCACCCUCAUGGAGAUGCUUCUCCAACCCAUUUUAAAAUGGAUACCCAUAUGGUAUGAUGUGAAGCUGGUGUUUGUGGCAUGGCUGGUCCUCCCGCAGUUCAGAGGAGCAGCCUUCAUAUAUGAGAAGUUCGUGAGAGAGCAAAUCUGGAAACAUGGACGAGCAGGACGAGCAGAAGACAGGGCCUCCACCAGCCAUCAUCAUGGCAGGGGCGAUAACAAGUUUGUGCAGCUCGUUGGUCUUAAGAAGGGACAGCAUGAAGCUUAUUGAAAAGGCAAAAGACAAUUAUGGGUUUGCGUAGAUCUUGUCUCCCUCCCAUGUACAAAGACUGUAACUUUUCCAAAUUCCAAGCCCAGUGGAUGUGUGGUUGAAAUUUGAAUCACUUUGUAACAGUGGGUUUCUUCUUCUGGUUAGAAGCCCACCUAACCCUCUUAAUCAUAUAUUUCUAAAUCAAUUUCACUUUACUUUCAUGCGAA